CCCGCCAGGCGAGAAGACUGUGCGUGUUGACGUGUUCGUUUCAGCUGUUUGUGAGCCCGUUUACGAACUGUUUUUGUGCUAGCGGUAUUGCAAUUAAAAGCUCACAAUCAUGAUUGACAUACCCUUCUUGACGCCGCUCUUGGACAGGAUUCCUACAUACAUGGAUUUUGAGGGACAGAAAGUGGCGGAGAAAAUAUUUCAAGUGGUCAUAGUUGCCUUUGCGUUGGCCGGACUUGCUUGGGGAUACGUGGUGCAGCAGUUCUCCUACACUGUCAUCAGCCUCGGGAUUGGUUUUAUCAUUUCCUGCCUGCUUACGCUGCCUCCAUGGCCGGUGUACCGUAAGAAUCCCCUUCCAUGGCAGAAGGCAAGGGAUGAAGCUGGUUCCUCGUCAAGCAAGUCUAGCAAGAAAAAGAAGUGAUCAGUGAAGGGCCUUCAACAACGUUCUGUUUUUUUUUUCAUUAAGGCUGUUCCAUAUUUUGAGCAAAGCGGGGGCUGUGGUGUGCACUCUUUAUUAAUAAAUUGUCGAAGACUGUCUUCAGUUCGGUGAACACAUAAGAAGACAGUGUUUGGCAGCUGGUGUUUCUUGUUCUCAA